AAAACCCGCGCGUCAAACUCCGGAGCCGCGCUUCCCCAUUGGUCGCGGCGGGGCGUGACCAGGAGUUCUCGCGAGAUUUCAGGGCCUGAAGCUGGCGCCGCCAUGUUGGAGUAGGGAGAGGCCGCAUCCAGCUUAUGUCGUCCCUCAGCGUUGGUUUUUUAAUUUUUUUAAACAGGGACGCGAAGGUACUGCCUUCCGGCUCCUGAGAUAUUUUGGCGGCGAGCGGCGAGGACAGGAUGGUGCAGUCCUGCUCUGCCUACCGUUGCCGGAAUCGAUACGACAAAGAGAAGCCCAUCUCUUUCCACAAGUUUCCUCUCACAAGACCUGAUCUCUGCAAGAAAUGGGAAGCUGCUGUUAGAAGAAAAAACUUCAAGCCAACGAAGUAUAGUAGCAUUUGUUCUGAACACUUUACUCCAGAUUGCUUCAAAAGGGAAUGCAACAAUAAGCUCCUAAAAGACAACGCUGUGCCGACAAUAUUUUGCCACACAGAACCAAAUGUGAAGUCUGGAGGCACUCAAGAACCACUUGAAAUACCAACUCCCCCUUCUCCUUCACCUCCACCACCGCCACAAACUGACCCAAGACUAGUGGAUCCAAGCAUUGGUUUGUUAAUGCCACCACUUCACACCCCCAAUAACAUUGCUGUUUUUUGUGAUCACAACUAUACCGUAGAGGAUACAGUACAUCAGCGAAAAAGAAUUCAGCAACUGGAAGAGCAGGUGGACAAACUGAGGAAGAAGCUUAAAACUGCACAGCAGCGAUGUAGGCGUCAAGAGAAACAGAUUGAAAAACUGCGAGAGCUUGUUCAGUUUCAGAAAGAAAAAGACGUGUUGUCAGGCAAAGGUGGCUAUGUGAUUCUGCCUAAUGACUAUUUCGAAAUUAUAGAAGUACCUGCCUAGGAGGCUAAGAUUUAUAUUUAUGGGGCACUGCCAAAUUUAGCCUCCUCAAACUAACUCAGAAGUUCAUUUUAAAAACGCAAUGCUUUCUACUUCUGUGUAUAUAUUUCACCCCAACAGAAUGAUAAUAAAAAUUGCUAUAUAAUUUUUUG